UAUUAGGGAAGUUGAACAAACAAGGCUUUAUGCACACAUGAAGUCUGUUCUACAAUUCUCCUUCAAACUCUACAGAAUCAAGUAUUGCACCUUUUGCCAUUUCACUCACGAUAUAGCCAUAAGCCUUUCUCCAUUCGAUGACUCUCAGAGACUUUCCUCCCCAUUACCCACCACCCCAUCUCACCAACCAAUCACACACGAUGCUAAAGCAAUAGCACUUCAAGUAUCAAACUGCAUCGAUCUAAAGCAACUGCGUCAGAUUUUUGCCCAUGUAAUCCGGACCCGUUUUCUGGAAUUGUAUCCUGAUUCAUUCCAUUACAAUAACAUCAGUAGAAUCUAUAGCAGGCUAGAGUCACCAAGAGAAGCAUUGCACGUCUAUAUCAUCAUGUGUCGUGCCGGCAUCCGACCGGAUAAUUUUACUCUCCCGAUUGUUUUGAAGGCGGCAAGUCAAAAUUUGGACCGUAUAUUUGUGGAACAAGUUCAUGGGCUUUCGGUUAAGUAUUGCCUCGAAGAUGAUAUGUAUUGUGAGAGUGGUUUAAUCAGCGCGUACUCUAAGGCGGGCGAAUUUGAGGAGGCGCGUAAGGUGUUUGUGAAUAGUACUGAGAGAAAGCAGGGGUCUUGGAAUGCUAUCAUAGGAGGGUUGUCACAAGGAGGACGUGGUAAGGAAGCUGUACAGAUGUUUGUAGCAAUGAUGAAAAAUGGGUUUUACCCUGAUGAUGUGACUAUGGUUAGCGUGACUUCAGCGUGUGGAUGUUUGGGGGACUUGAAUUUGGCUCUUCAGCUGCACAAGUGUGUUCUUCAAGCGAAAAGUUUCGAAAAGCCUGAUAUUCUUAUGAUGAAUUCAGUUAUCGAUAUGUAUGGCAAGUGCGGACGUAUGGACUUGGCUUACAAAGUAUUUAGUAGAAUGGAGGUGAAGAAUGUGUCUUCGUGGACGUCAAUGAUUGUAGGUUAUGCUGCGCAUGGGCAUGUGGCUGAAGCACUGAAAUGCUUCCACUGUAUGAGAGAAGCAGGCAUUACGCCUAAUCAUGUGACGUUUGUUGGAGUUUUAAGUGCGUGCGUCCAUAGUGGAAUGGUACAAGAAGGAAAAUACUAUUUCAACAUGAUGACAAAUGGCUACAGAAUUAAGCCCCUCUUACCCCAUUAUGGCUGCAUGGUGGAUUUGCUUGGCCGAGCGGGGCUGCUCGAUGAGGCCAAGUUGAUGGUGGAGGGAAUGCCUAUGAAAGCUAAUGUCGUGAUAUGGGGGUCUUUGAUGGGUGCAUGCGAGAAGUAUGGAAAUGUGAAAAUGGGCGAAUGGGUGGGUAAGCACUUGGUAGAGUUGGAACCGUGGAAUGAUGGGGUAUUUGUGGCUUUAUCAAAUAUUUAUGCCAAUCAUGGUAUGUGGGAAGAAGUAGAGAGGUCAAGACAAAUUAUGAAGGAAAGGAAACUGGCAAAAAUUCCAGCUUAUAGCUUGCCUGAGAGUUCAGAUUAGAUAGUCCAUUAUGUUGGUGUUAUCUGGCUCUGCAAAACGAUGAUUCGUUUUUUUUUUCUCGCUGCACUCAUUGUUUGUUGACAGUGAAUUGUGAAUUUAUUUCCAUUUGCUGCA